AUGCAUAAAGUUGAAUUACUGUGUGUGGUCUCAUUGGCCCUCUUUGGCCUUGGUUAUGCCAAAACGGUGACCAAAGACAUCCAAACACCCAGUGUUGAAGAACUUUGCUCCCUGUUGCCGGGUGCCACCAUAUUACGUCCCAAUACCUGUACCAAUUGGAUUAGAUGCCCAGCUUCGAUGGAAACCGAGGAAUUGGAAGAAGGUUCCUGUGUCAAUGGCCUAUACUUCAAUAAGGAUAUGGGUUCUUGCGUCUACAAGGAUGAAAUGGUCUGCCCCUAUGAAUAUACCGCUCCCGCCAAGGUUGAACGUUGUAAUGCCAAAAAUGAAGGUUCCUUCCUGCCCGAUGAGGACAACUGCAGCGGUUAUGUCUACUGUAAGAAUGGUGCUGAAAUCAAGGCCAAUUGCCCCGCUCACAUGGUAUUCCAUCCCACCAAAUUGGAAUGUGUCUAUGGCUCACAGUAUACCUGCCCCGAACCCAAACCCAAAGAUGAAAAGAAAACCCAUCCCGUCUGUUUGUCUCUGCCCAAUGAUGUCUUCUUUGCCGAUAAAGAUGAUUGCACCAAAUACAGUCAUUGUCUCGAUGGUAGCCUUACUUCGCACUCCUGCGGUGAAGAGCAAGCCUGGGAUCAUUUGAAGGGUACAUGUGUGCCCAUUGCUGAUGUUGUCUGUAUGCCAACGGCCAAAAAACCCGAACCUGAAAAUCGUGUCUGUAUCCAGAAUGAAACCGUUAUUGUUGGUCCCGUCUCGGAUGGUGUCUCGUGCAGUGGUUAUUAUUUCUGUAAGAAAACCUCGGAUGGUAGCCGUGAUCGCAAACCUGAACAUUUCUCCUGCAGCAAUGGUCAAUUCUUCGAUACCCAAACUUUGUCGUGUCGCGAUCGUUUGAAUGUCAAGUGUGCCUUUGAUCGCUGCGAGGGUACCGACAGCAAAUAUGUCAAUGUGGCCGGUAACUGUAAGGCCUAUGCCAUUUGUGCCAAUGGCAAGACCAAUGAUAAGGGUGCCUGUCCCGAUGAUUAUUUCUUUGAUGAACGCACUCAGGGUUGUACUCGCCGUAUGAUCAGCUAUGCUGCCUGUUCGGCUUAA